AGGCUUUACAAGGUUAAGUGAAUGCAAUUAUCCAAAUCCGGUGUUUAUAAACUAAACGUUCAGUACUUGUACAUUUUUUGAAUAGCAUUACGAAAACCAGUGUCUACUUGAGUUUUAUGUAUACGUUUUCUCGUGUCGUUAUUUAUCAAUCGAGUCACGACGUACAGGUAAACAAAAGAUGACAUCUCCUGGUCUCGAAAUAGAAUCCACCGCGGUAUUGUGACACACUCCUGAAAUUUACACCUUACUUCCUGGAUACUUCAUUUCUCGGGAAGGAGGAAAUAUACAGGACGUAAACAAAAAGUCGGCAUCUCCUUUCCGGUGAGGAGGAUGGGGAAGGAAGAAGAACUUCUAAAGACAGUUCACAACAACGACGAGAAAAAAUUACAGAAACUCUUACUUCCGGAGAAGGAAUUCCAGAUCAAGAAGGUAGAUGUGCCCACUUCCGGCGCUCUAGGAGGGCGCAUCCGGAUGCAAGUGGUGCACGUGGAUAUCAACUGUAAAGAAAAUGGCACGGGAUACACCCCCCUUAUAAUCUCCGUCCUCAAUGGCAAUAAAGAAAUCAUGGAAACAUUAUUAUUUUACUCAGCGAGCGUCAAUCUUGCCGAUCAAAAAGGGAACACACCAUUACAUUUGGCUGCGUUCAUGGGGAGACUAGAUAUUGUGUAUAUAUUGCUUCGAAACUGUGCAAAGGUUAAUAUACAGAACAGUGAUGGAAACACGCCACUUCACGUGGUCUGUCAGAGUCGAGCAGACGACAGCGUGCAACUCGUGCACACCUUAUUACGGGCAGAUGCUGAUACCACGUUAGUGAACAAAAAGGGAGAACUCCCAUUGGAUGUUGCUGCAAUGUACAAUAGAAAAGACCUCGUAUCUUGUCUGAUGGAUAGUGAUUCAAGUUUGACCGGAAACACGUCCGCCAUUGUUGAGGCAGCCAUCAGAGGUCACACGGAUAUCGUACAGCUACUUCUAGAUUUCGGGGUUAACCCCAACUGCAUCAACCCGGAUCGCAAAACGUGUGCUCUCCAUGAAGCCACGAGGUUUUUAAGGGUGAAUGUAGUUGAGGAGCUGCUUAAGUAUGGAGCUGAUCCAGGAAAAGAAAAUGCAAAACAAGAGACUCCUUAUUCUAUAUCGUCACAACUCCCGCCUAAAAAGUCAGAGGAAUUCACCAAAAUGUUUAACGAGUACAAGAAAAAAGGUCCUACGAAAAUGCCAAAGUUUAUGAAAGUUUCCUCCGGGAAAGUCCACGUAGAUUUAAAAGAUUAUCCCCCAAUAGAGACAGAUCCUUCCUGGACCAGGAACAGUCCUGAUUUCUGUAAUGAAUGCACAGCAAACAGCCCAAACACCAAUCUACUAGAUGGCAAUCUCUGUACAUUUUGGGUUAUUCCUGCGAUAACAGAAGCAUGGUCAGUGUUUGAUUUUCACAGUAUCUACACUUUAACAGGCAUUAUUAUAUAUGGAUGGUCAAGUCCUCAAAUGGUGAAAACAUUUGAAUUACAAACAGCAGAAAACCUUCUAGGACCAUGGACAACUAACCACGUUUUUACGUGUUCUUUACAAGGCAGUCAGAAUGCAAAAGACCCUGGAGUUCCUCAAAAAUUUACUGGAUUUACAUCCAAGUCACAAUUCUGGAGGAUUAAUGUCAAAUCAAACUAUGGGGGCCAGUGUACUUGUUUUCAAGCAGUGGAGUUUUGUGGAACAGACAAUCGGAUUAUUGAAUUUUUUGAGCAUUUAAAUUUACAGAAAUACUCUGAUACAGUAAUAAAGGCGGGAUAUAAUAAUUACAGGAAAUUUCUACUCAUGGAUGAAACAAAAAUACGUGAAUUAAUAACUGAUGAUUCAGAUUUAGAGAAAGUCAUGCAAGAAAUAAAGAAAUGCAAGAAAAAAGAGUUUGUAUUAAAAUCUUUAAAAUGGGAGCGCACACCUGCUGUUAGUGCUGACGUCGGUGAGAAUCUCCCAGAUAUCGUCGUCAGAGGAGAUGUUGCCUGCACAGAGUCGGUGGAGUUCUAUUUUCAAGGUGCCAAACCAAUAUGUCAUGGCAAAACAAAGGUGCAGCUAUGUUGUAAUGGAACUACGUCACCCACAUAUUCUACUGCUGUGUUCAAAAACAUAUCACUUAACUCAGUGGGAACAUAUGAUGUUUGUGUACGAGGCGUGGAACACCCUGAAGUUGUUCUACCUUUUCCACACCCCAUACAAAUAAAGCCCAAAAAUAAAUUAUCAAAAGAAGUUGAAAGUUCAUUCAGAGAUAUUGAAAAUAUGCUGGAAGGCCUUCAGGACUUAUGACAACUUUUAGGACUCGAAACAUGACAAUUGUGCAAAUGACAUUGAAUGAAAGUUAGAUAAAAAUAAAAAAGCAAUAAGUUUUA